ACGGGUCGUUACAGCUGAUGGCUUUGAACGCCGCGCAUUCCACUGCUCAUAACACAGGCGAUCCGAGCGAAGGACCAACAGCUGUUCGGGAGGAGAUUUUGCUCCUGACACACCAUUUACACGCGUAGAAACUACUCUCCUUGCCAGAAUUUAUGGUUGUGUCAGGCAUGUCCAAUCAGUACAAGCGGCCAUCCAUCACCAGCACAGGAGGGAAGAGGCGCUCGGGCAGCACCAAGUUUGAGCUCACAGAAGAACAGAAGAACGAUAUCCAGGAGGCGUUCAAUCUGUUUGACCCCAAUGGCACAGGCACCAUUGACCCCAAGGAGCUCAAGGUCGCCAUGAGGGCCCUGGGCUUCGAACCCAAAAAGGAAGAAAUCAAGAAGAUGGUCGCAGAGAUUGAUAAGGACGAGAGUGGCAAGAUAAAGUUUGAAGAGUUCCUGCACCUCAUGACAAUCAAGAUGGCUGAGAAGGAUGUCAAGGAAGAGAUCCUCAAGGCAUUCAAGCUCUUUGACGAUGAUAACACCGGGAAGAUCUCCUUUGACAACCUGAAGCGCGUUGCAGAGACCUUAGGGGAGAAUCUCACCGAUGAAGAGUUGCAAGAAAUGAUUGAAGAGGCAGAUCGCGAUGGUGACAAUCAGAUCAACCAAGAUGAGUUUUUCCGUAUAAUGAAGAAGACAAGCUUAUAUUAGCCUCAGCAGUGCCAUAAUAGUUUAUGUGGACUUUCUUCCAAUUUAUAGUUAGAGAAAAUAUUGUGCUUCUAAGAGAUACUUUUUAUUUUUGCUGAACAGCUGUAGAACUGUGUCUUUUUAACUCUAUAAUUGUAUGUUGGAUGUGCCCCAUAAAAGCAGUUACUUUAGAAAGUGCAGAAAAUCUUUUGAAAGAAAAACUGCAAUAUUGAUGGUAAUUUUUAUGAAGAACUUUUGCUAUUGUGUUGUGAUAUAGAAGUGUUUUAUUUUUUUCUACAUUCCAUAUGUUUUGCUUUUUGCCUUCUUUCUACCUUUUAUCUUUUUCUGAUUGUAAGACUUUCCUUGGUGUAGUGCUCUAUAUUUGUUUACAAUGGAGGACAGCGUGGAUCAUGCAAGUCCAAAUCAGACUGUACAGUCGCCUUCGUUGGCACUACUGGAAAGACUGCAACAACUUCGGAAGUGGCAGGAGGAGCAGAGGGAGGCCCUCAUGCGAACCCAUUCCAGCAGCUCCUUUGAUAUGUCUACAGAUUCCUUCAACCACUCAAAGUUAACUGGUAAUCAGAGCUUUGGUUCAGGAAGGCUAAGAGAUACUCCAGAUUCCCAAUUUUCAAAAUCUUCAGGAAGCAGAUUAUCACAUCAGCAUGAGAGUUACCAGAAAGUGGAUCAGAAUACUCCCACCCAGAGGAUAAACUCAUUCAGAGCACAAGUACAUAGUGAUCAGGCAACUUGGUCUGCAGCACAAAGACAUGAUGAUAGUGUCCUAGGGGUUUCUGAUCUACACCAGAAGUCAUCAUCCCACAAUCAUAAUCAGAAGAACAUUACUGAUUUUGGAAACAUGGAUUAUCUAGGGGAUAGAUUGAAGUAUGGCAAAGAAAAAACCUGUGAAAUGCAAAGCAAAGCACCUUUAGUCAAACCUGUACUCCAUACUGCAAGGUCUAUGGAAAGCCAGCCUAUUACCAGUCAGGGGAAAAGUUUUGAAGAUGUCUUGGAGGAGAAUAUGGCCAAAGAGGGUUUUCAAGGGAAUAGUGAGUGUAAAAUGAAGCCAAAGAAACCAUUUUUAAAGAAAAGGAGUGGGCUUUCACAUUAUGAGGGAAAGGGUAAUGGUGAUACCAAGGCAGCCAACCCACCUGCAUCAGAAUUAAGAUAUGAAAUUGAAGAACUGCCCAUGGAACCUGUACAGGGGAAGCCCAAACAAAGAUAUCUCAGGAAGGGGGAAGGAACAGCAAGAUUUAGGAUGGCUCCGCUAAAACUAAAGAAACAAAAAAUGAUUCAGGUCCCUGGAGAUAGUGGCACCAAGAAAACCAUCCCUAAGAAACAUCAAGAUGAUGUUUUAACAAAUCCAAGGCCUACAACAAAUGUCAGGACUGGUAAUAAAGAACCCAUUUCUCACAAUAAGCUGUCACAUACAUAUCCAAGUAAAAUAUCAAAUAUGCCUAUUAGCAGACUUCAGUUAAAGGAUAUUCCAAAAACUACAGGAGUCACUGAAGUGCCUGUUAGUGAUUGGAGCCCUGGAUUAGAGGAGGGAGUAAAUGUAAGCAAAAACCAUGAUCUAGACAAAAUUAAAAGUUGUAAAAGUACUUUUGUACCAUCUGUACUAAAACAGUUGGAGGAUGACAAACAAAGACGCAAAGAGCAAGAAGAGUUAUCAGCCUUUGAAAGGCUUGAGGAGCUAGCUGCAGACUCCAGUUUUUCCUCUAAUUCUUCCACAGUUUGGCAGUUGCUGCAGAGAGGGCAGCGAUCAGCCUCAUCCACCCCACUACGUUCACCUCCACCAUUUACUCCACAAGAAACUCCUAUAACAAAGGCUAGCAACCAGCAGCAAGGAAGCAGUGUAGCAAGCAACCUUUUGCAGAGACUGUUUCAGGCAGGUGUUAUUGCAGAGGACGAGAAUCAAAGCAGGGAUCAACAAAAUGCAGCCCAUGAUCAGUUAAAACCAGUGCUUAGGGUCAACUACCAGCAAGAGCACACACAGAAUCAACUUCCUCAGCAGCUGUUGAGUGUGAGCACUGUUCUUGAGCAGUUGAGAGCAAUUGUAAGAUUAGAGGAGACUGCCAAUUUAAGUGUCACUCAAGAUGAUAUCCAGACACUUAUUGAGAGUUUUAUUAAACCUAACAUUUCCCCUUCCCUUGACCCAGCCACUUGUUUUUUACGUGGGGUGCAACAGCCGAUUAACAACAGGACAAGUACUCCAGCACAGCCAGCAGGUGUAACUCCUAGUUCAGGGCCACGUGUGCAUUUCAGAAGUGAGGGAGUGGAAGUGCUGGAAUAUGAGCCCACAGACACAGAAGCAGAGGAUUCCCUGAUAGAUGCUCCAUCCAUUGCAGAGGAUGACACAGAUCUAGUCACCACAUCAGAUUUAGAGGCAUUAGCACUUCUAACACACAAAUCUAAUCAAAAUAAGUCCCCCUCAGAAGAAAGACAUUCAGCAGACGAAGAUGACAGCAGCACCAGCACCCUGAUUGAUGAAAGGUCUGCAACUGUCUCAACACCUCAAAACAAAGUUCAGCCCCUUAUGCUGCAGUUCUCACCACCACCUCAAAGACCCCAUCAUUCUGCCUCCAAUUAUAUCUGGUCAAUUUUUGGCAGAGACAGGGAUGCAAGGAAAGAUGUGAAUAAAGAUAAAAUCCCAUGUCAGAAAAGGAUUGACAAGGAACUUCCUCAUUCCAAGCACAAAAAUCAGCAAAAUUAUCAAAGUACACAAAACAUUAAAGAGAAUCCUGCACAGCAAGUAGAAUCUCAGCAAUCUCUGAAAAAAGAUGAGAAAUGCCUGAAUGAUGAAAUUGAAUCCCACAAGGCACUUCUUUUGGCAAAAAUUUGUGAAUUAGAAAAAGAAACAGAGGCAUUUAAGAAAGAGACUUUAAAACUCAAGAAUCUCCAGCUGUCAUUACAGAAUGAAAAAAGGCUUCUGGGAGAAGAAAAAGAGAGGCUAGUAGCUAACCUGGAGAAAGAGAAAAGUAAUUUCCAAAAAUAUGUAGACAGAGAGAGGAACAGUCUUUGGAAAGAGAAGCAAGAACUUCAGCGUGCAGCUCCAUCCAUAUCUAUGGUACAAGAGAAGUCUUUAGAAAUUGUUUACCUUAAGGAAAAAGUGCACGACAUAGAAGAGGAACUGCAAAAGAAGGAUUCCCUACACCAAUUUGCCAUAAAGAAAUUUAAUGAUAGAAUAAAAGCACUAGAACAGGAAAACAAGCAGCUGAGAGAGAAAAAUUCUUUAUUGCAAAUGUUGGAGAAGGAGAAUUUAGAUCUCAAACACAGACUAGACAGAACAAAACUCUCUAAGAAACCAGCUCUUAGGGAUAUGCAAAACAAAAACCAGACAAAGACAUCAAAAAUUAAAAAGAAAACAGUCACUAUAGACAGCAUCAACAGAUCUCUUUCCAAAAAUCUGACUGAAGCUCCACUUAAGUCAAUUACUUGUCAUAUAGAACCAACAACCAAGGAUAAGGAAAUACAGUACAAUCCACUGAGUGAAAGUGAUGAUAAUCAAGAUUUAGUUAUGAAUAAUGCUAGAUAUCAAGCACAAAUUUCAGAUAAAAAUACGCGAGAUGGUACAGCUGAACACCACCAAGAGAUAGAUCUGAUCAAAGUGUCCAUUAUGUUACAAGAAGACUUAUCAGUACUAAAUAUGCCCAAAGAAACCAAGUUAACUCUUGUUUCUGGGAAGUCGUUUUCAGUAGAUGAUAAAAUCAGUGAAUAUACUGAAGUCCAUAGAAGUGAUGGCAUCACAGAGUUUACGUAUGCUAAUGGAAACAAAAAGUUAAUUUAUCCAAAUGGUUCCAUUGUAGUAAGCUACUAUAAUGGGGAUAAGAAGGAAGUACACAAUGACAGAACUAUAUACAUCUAUGGAACUGAUCACACUAGUCAUACAACAUAUAAUGAUGGAAAGGAGAUUUUAGAGUUCCCCAGUGGCCAGAAAGAGACACGUUUUCCUGAUGGUUCCUCAGAAAUUCUAUUUGUAGAUAAUUCUAGGAAGACCAUAUCAAAAGAUGGAACAGAAACUUGUACAAUGAAAGAUGGCACAGUUGUUCGAACUAGCCCUGAUGGAACUAAAGUGUUUGACUUUGCCAAUGGACAAAGAGAAAUUCAUACAAACAAAGAGAAGCGAAGAGAGUACCCAGAUGGAACAGUUAAGAUCCUUCACCCUGAUGGUCGCACUGAAACUAGGUACAAAACAGGACGUGUCCGCAUCAAAGAUAGCAGAGGGAACAUUAUUAGUGAUACUCACCAAGGUGUUCCAUAAAAUGAUACAUUUUGUGCCUCAGAAAAGCCUCCUCUCUGGAACCUAUCAGUUCUCUCUCUCUUUUCUCCUUUUUCCAUCAUUAUCACCUUUAUUUAGAUUUGAUUAUGUUCCCCACCACUUCUUCACUCUAUCUUUGUCCUGGUCAAGGUAGGGAGGAUUGCUUAAGAAUUUUUUUUGUGUGUGACUUUUCAAUAUCUAAGCUUGAGUGAGUGCAGUUUUUUUAAUGUAAUGCUUUUGAUAAGUAGACCAUGAAAAAUAUCAAUUAUAAGCUUAUGUGAAAUUCAUUUAAUUGGGUCUAUUUCUUAUACAUAUCUUACUUUAGGUUCAGUGGAGACUUAAAGAAAACAUAUCCAUGUAUUAAUGUUUUUAUUUUUUGUGCAGUAAAAUGUGAAUGAUA